CUGCUCGGAGCUCUUCAACAGUCAGUCAGACUCUCGUGUUUCCUGAAGCGCAUCAACGGAACGAAAUGGCAGAAGUAGCUCCAGCUCCGGCCCCCGCGCCGGCCAAAGCAGCCAAGAAGAAGGUGGUGUCCAAGCCGAAGAAGGCUGGUCCCAGCGUGGCUGAGCUCAUCGUCAAAGCUGUGGCCGCAUCCAAGGAGCGGAGCGGCGUGUCUGCUGCCGCCGUCAAGAAGUCUCUGACCGCCGGAGGAUACGAUGUGGAAAAGAACAACUCCCGCGUCAAGACCGCCAUCAAGAGCCUGGUGACCAAGGGGACUCUGGUCCAGACCAAGGGGAUCGGGGCGUCCGGCUCCUUCAAGAUCAGCAAGCAGGCUGUCGACAAACCGGCAAAGAAAGUUCCCGCAGCCAAGAAGCCCGCAGCCAAGAAGCCCGCAGCCAAGAAACCCGCAGCGGCCAAGAAGCCCAAAGCGGCGGCAGCGAAGAAACCUGCUGCCGCAAAGAAGUCGCCGAAGAAGGCCAAGAAACCCGCAGCGGCCAAGAGCCCAAAGAAGGCCGCAAAGAGCCCCAAAAAGUCCACCAAGAGCCCCAAGAAGGUGGCGAGGAAGGCCCCCGUAGCCAAGAAGACCCCCGUCAAGAAGGCUGCCAAGCCCAAAGCCAAGAAGGCAGCACCCAAGAAGAAGUGAGCUGCAGAACAACCAACGCUCCUAUAAAAGGCUCUUUUAAGAGCCACCCACACAAUCCUUAAGAGCUUUUCCUCUAAUUGCAGAUAUUCAUAUUAACAUUAUAAUUAAAAGAAGGAAACGUAAUUUCUACUAAAUCAAAUCAGAUAUAUAUUGAAUCUAAUCCAAUAUUUUACUAAAGAGAACAUUUAUUUAUUAGUCUAUAUUUAUACUUUAUCCAGUCCAAUUGGAAAUCUGACAAUACAUAUUGUUGAGAUAUUAUUAAAUGUAACUUUUGAUAUUUGAUUUCAGUCAGUUUAACACAAAUGGCACUAAAUCAUCGCCCAAUAAUAGACAUUAUUUACAUUAGCAACUUCUCUCAACAUUGCUAAAUUUUUAUUUAAUACCCUUGUUCUAGAUUAUGAAUUCAUGGCUGUCAUAAGAGUUUUAGUCGGUAACCUUCGUUAAAGUGCAUUCACGUUGAUGGUAACCAACUCCUCACGGACUGAAGGAAGACCUGAAGUAAUGGUUAUUGUUUAUUUAAUGUAGAUUUAUGUGCAUUAUUGAUUAUUUAAUGUAGAUUUAUGUGCGUUAAAGUAGAUUGAUGUGCGUUAUUGUUUAUUUAAUGUAGAUUGAUUUGCAAAAAUAGCAAUAUGUCCAUUUAAAAUGCUUCAUUUUUUCAUUUUGUUUGUUUGUGUUUGGGCUGCACGGUGGUGUAGUGGCUAGCACUGUCGCCUCACAGCAAGAGGGCCGCGGGUUCGAUUCCCGG